AUGGUUGGGCGCGCAAACGACACAUUUAUUGAGUCGUCUCAAAUGGAUGGGGCAUUGGGAAAUGAUCAUGUACGCAUAUUAGUUGCAUCUGAUUUGCACAUAGGAUUCGCAGAGAAGAUUUUGGGUCGAGAUAUGGAUUCAGUGAGAACGUUCGAGGAAGUUCUGCAAAUUGCUUGCAAAGAGCAAGUUGAUUUCAUUUUAUUGGGAGGUGACCUGUACCAUGAAAAUAAUCCGUCUCGAGAAAUGCAGCAUCGCGUAACGCGGUUACUUCGUAGAUAUUGUUGGAAUGAUCGCCCAGUAGCACUCCAGUUUUUAAGUGAUCCGACGAUUAAUUUUGCUCAUAGUGCUUUCAGCAGCGUUAAUUAUGAAGAUGGUAAUAUCAACGUUGGCAUGCCAAUAUUCACAAUACAUGGAAACCAUGAUGAUCUUACUGGAAAGGGUUUGACUGCAUUGGACGUUCUCCAUGAGUCAGGUUUAAUUAACUUAUUUGGUAAAUUCGAAGAAAUUGAUCAGUUUGUUGUUUCACCGCUGCUUCUUACGAAAGGAAAAACGAAAUUGGCAUUGUAUGGAAUCGGUAGCCAACGAGAUGAUCGUCUGUGUAGAGCAUUUCGAGAAGAACAAAUACAGUUUCUACGCCCUAAAGAAGACGCAGAAUCAUGGUUCAAUAUCUUAGUGUUACAUCAGAAUCGCCCCGUAAGAACACGUGAACGAUCAACAGGAGGACACUUACCUGAAAGUUUCAUUCCAUCGUUCUUCGACCUUGUUAUAUGGGGUCACGAACACGAGUGUAAAAUAGAACCACAGUAUUAUGAAAAUGAUGUUGAUGUCCGAGGUGAUGGCUUCUACAUUAUACAGCCAGGUAGUACCAUAGCAACAGCACUUUCACGGGAAGAGGCUAAACCAAAGCAUGUUGCUGUUAUUACUGUUAGUGGGCGCAAAUUUUUCUCUCAACCAGUUGCUCUUGAAACGCCAAGACAAAUGCUUUUUACUGAUUUAGCUAUUACUGUGAAACCACCUUCUACUGCUUCAAAGAACAUUCGCUCAAAGAAUAUGCCUGAUGAAAAAGUGAUAAUAACAGAAGUGGAGAAGAUGUUAAAUGAAGCGGAAAGCAGAAAAACCGACAGGCAAGCUUACCCUCCACUGGUGCGCCUUCGAGUCACUUAUCCAGAAUCUUGGGCUAAUAUUAUGAAAUUGAAUUGUCGGCAGUUUGGUGCUGCAUACGUUAAACGUGUGGCAAAUCCAUCGGAUAUGAUCGUCGUUAAGGUAUCAAAAUUAAAAAAAGAAGUAAAAAAGAAGCAAAGUUCAUUGAAAGUAACUACAGAUAUGGAAAGAUCGUCAACAGUCGAAGAUAUUGUUAAUUCUUAUUUUGCUGCAGCAGGUAAUGAUACACUUGUUGUACUUGACACAGAAACCUUGAAUGAUCUCGUAAAAUUUCAAGUUGAGCAAGAAGAUGGAAAAAGGGUGAAGAAUAAGCCACUUAUUGAAAAUCUGCAAAUCAAAAAGAAAAAAUUGGUUGAAGCUCUUUGCAAAGUUUCCUAUGACGAUUUUUUUUCUUUCGAUAAAAUUCCGAGUCAUCACUGCCUGGAGAAAUUCGAGGAAGUGAUAAAAUCUGAUAUGGAGAAGAUACGAUGUGGAAUGGUUCUUAGAAGAAAUAAAAUGAGAAACUCUAUGCAUGAAAUGAAGGGACGUCGUCAAAGCCUUAUCAUCAAUUUGCAAGAGCAGAUAGACUCCAUCGCUCCAAAUAAAUAUUUCAACCGAGUUGUUGCAGCUGGCAGUAAAGGAUUGUUGAAAGUUUUUGCAAUUGGGGAAGAAGGGUUUAGUUUCGUUGCUGAUUUUCGUCCUGUACGUAGUCGUCGAUUAAAUUUAUUGUAUUCCGCUAGCCAUGUUUCUUGGAGCUCUAUAAUUGAUAAUGUGAUAGCUACAACAUCUACUAAUGGAGCUGUUGUCCUUUGGAACGUUGAAAAGGCUACUUUUGAUCGUAGUUAUAAAGCACAUACUCGUUCGGCUACCAAAGUAUGUUUUCAUCAAAUGGAUCGCAAUAUCAUGAUAAGUGGCGCUAAAGAUGCAGCAGUUAUUCAAUAUGAUUUACGAUCACCAGAUCCAGUUAAAAAAUUUAUAAGUGGCUCGUGUGAUCCUGUACGUGACAUGCAAUUCGGAAUUCAUCCAAACCAUUAUGACAUAUUUGUCACUGCUGAUGAUGGUGGUUCUGUCCGCUUUUGGGAUCUGCGUAGAAAUGAUCGUCCUAUAUAUCAAUUUGUAGCUCAUCAUGGUCCAUCUAGUGUUGCUCUAAAUCCCAAUUAUGAUGACCAAAAUUUAAUUGCAACUGCUGGCAGAGACAAAUUCAUAAGAAUAUGGAAAUGGUGGAAUCGAUCAGAUAGUCCAUCAACUUCAGCAGUAUAUUCCAUAGAAGCUACUGCAUCCAUUUCUCGCGUCUAUUGGAGACCGUUACAUAAAUAUCAAGUCGCAAGCUGUUCAGUAGUGAAUGAUAUAAGUAUACACAUUUGGGAUGUGCGAAGGCCAUUUCUUCCUUAUGCAAGUUUUGAUGAGCAUCGUGAUAUAUGUUCCGAUUUAGCUUGGAAAAAUGAUGAUUCCGAAGUUUUCUUAUCUGCUGGAAAAGAUGGCCUGUUGGUAAUGCAUUUUGUAGAAAAUGGUCAUCGUCCCAUGAAUCAUGUCAGUGAUAUCGCUGUUGAUAUAGCACCAUCGGGUACUGUUCUUGUUGCAGUAAGUAGUCAGUUGAAUUUGAAAAACGAAUCGCUGAUGGAGCAAGAAAAAGUACGAAAGGGUGAAAUUUUUAUACGAAGGAGGCGAAAAUAUGACUCAUUUAAAUGUAGCAUUCCCAGUUAUUUGAUUUGCUGUGAGCCAACUGAAACAAAUGUACAAAUUUCAUCGAAACAGUUUAUCACUCUGGCUAAACGAUAUAAACUGUAUGGUGAUGGCGUAUCGUCACUGUGUUUUCACAAUAGCCACGUCGCUGAAGAUGCAGAAAAAUACGAUGUCGCCCAUACAUGGCGCAUCAUCGGUCUUAUUUCUACAUUUGGACCACUUUCAAAAAGAACAAAUCAAGAGCUAUUUUCUGAUAAUUUCAAAAAUGCAGACAGUAAGACUUAUGAAAAUGUUGGUUUGACUAAUGCUAUACAGCGGUCUCAUUUUACGUCAAGUCUUCCGACUGGUCGUGUAGUACGAAAAGUAGAUGGAGAGGAUGUUACUGAAUUUUUAUUUUCCACUGUUCUUUCUCAGAGGACUUCUACUCCAGAUUUAUUUUUUGGUGAUAAUGAAAUUAACCGUGGGGGUCUAACUACUACUGUUUUGGACUCCAUGCUUCGAUAUAAUUUCAAAGAUCCAUCAACUUUGAAGAUGGAAGCGUUUACUCCUCGACCGAGUGAGAAGUUUGAAGACGGUGAAACGAACUGUUCUCUGAGUUCUGAAGAGUAUAUGAACGAAAGAAUUCCAAAUCAAUCAAAUGAAUUAAAGCGGUGUCAGAUUGGAAACCUGAAAAUCAGAGCUGAACUUGCUUGUGUUCCAUCAUGGGAUCCACUUCCAUUGUUGCGUUCUGUGUUUCAGUUUUACUCAGAUAAGGGUGAUGUUCAGACAUGUGUUUCAAUUUUGCUUGUGCUAGGAGAAAAAAUGACGGAGCUUAUCAAUGUAGGCACUCAAAAGAUGUGGUUCCUCGAUUACAUUGGUAUGACUCUUGAUUUUAGGCAUGAACCACGUAAGUAUUUUGAAAUAAUUUAUCUAGAUAUAUUGGAGUGCUAUGAACUCUGGAAUGUGGCUGCAGAAAUCAUCAAGUUAUGUUGGAUUCCAGCUGUUAGCAAUCUUAGCAAUGAGCUUACACGAGCAAUAUGUUUCUAUCUCUCAUCUGUAUUGGAGUUUAUCGAAUUAACAGUAUGUUUUAGUUCUCUGCCCGUGCAGGGAAUGUGGAGUUGGUGCCGUGGAUGUAAACAUGGUGGACAUCCUCAACAUUACGCACAAUGGUUUGCAACAAACAGCAGGUGCCCUACUGGUUGUGGCCAUUCUUGUAUUCAGUAG